GACACGGAGGUACAGAGUGCAGGGGCUGGAGUGCUGUGCGAGCGCUGGUAUCGGUUGGGCCGUGUCCUCGCGGACGAUUCGGGAGUCCCCUCAGUAGCCGGUGUACCGGGAGAAGUGACUGGUCGCGGCGGGACCGUAGCUAGCGGAGCCAGUGGGUUAUAAUAAUUAUCAGCCAUCGUCCCGUGUGUAUUCCUGAACGAGGACGGUGAUACGAUUAGCAGACGAUUGCCCACCCACAGUGUCCACUCGCCACAUCUCCACAACGGGCUCUCCAUGUCACGCGUGUCGUUGUAGCGGCUAGAGGUGGUCGGGGAGGAAUUGACUUAUCGACACCUCAUUCAUUGACUCUCAACCUCCGCCGGUAUACCACCUACAUUGGUGUCCGUGUUGGACAUGGCGGUGCUCGAUCUGGCCCUGCAGGGGCUCGCCAUCUUCGGCGUCAUCCUCUUCUUCGUUCUGUGGUUCAUGCACUUCUUAUCUAUCGUUUACACGAGGCUACAUCUCAACAAGAAAGCAUCUGACAAGCAACCGUACAGCAAGCUACCUGGUGUUUCACUUCUUAAACCGCUGAAGGGGGUCGACGCUAACCUCAUCAACAAUUUAGAGACAUUUUUUGAACUGGACUAUCCAAAAUUUGAAAUCCUCCUUUGUGUGCAAGAUAUCGAUGAUCCAGCGGUGGAUGUAUGUAAAAAGCUGCUGGGCAAGUACCCCAACGUGGAUGCCAAAUUAUUUAUAGGUGGUAAAAAGGUUGGUAUCAAUCCAAAAAUAAACAACUUAAUGCCUGGAUAUGAAGUUGCCAAAUAUGAUCUCAUCUGGAUCUGCGAUAGUGGGAUCAAAGUAAAACCUGACACCCUCACAGACAUGGCCAAUCAAAUGACAGAGAAAGUUGGUUUGGUUCAUGGGCUCCCCUACGUGGCAGACAGACAGGGCUUUGCUGCUACGUUAGAACAGGUUUACUUUGGCACCUCACAUCCACGUUCAUACAUCUCUGCCAAUGUAACAGGUUUCAAGUGUGUAACAGGAAUGUCUUGUUUGAUGAGAAAAGAGGUUCUGGAUCAAGCUGGUGGACUUAUUGCCUUUGCUCAGUACAUAGCAGAGGACUAUUUUAUGGCCAAAGCUAUAGCUGAUCGUGGUUGGAAGUUUUCUAUGGCUACACAAGUUGCAAUGCAAAAUUCUGGCUCAUAUUCUAUAUCCCAGUUUCAGUCUCGAAUGAUCAGGUGGGCAAAGCUGAGGAUCAACAUGCUUCCUGCCACCAUCAUUUGUGAACCAAUCUCCGAAUGCUUUGUUGCCAGUUUAAUAAUUGGCUGGGCAGCUCAUCACAUCUUCCGAUGGGACAUCAUGGUGUUUUUUAUGUGUCACUGCUUGGCUUGGUUCAUAUUCGAUUACAUCCAGCUCCGAGGUGUUCAGGGAGGGCCGCUUUCAUUUUCAAAAUUGGAUUAUGCCGUCGCCUGGUUCAUCAGAGAAUCCAUGACGAUAUACAUCUUUCUGUCUGCUUUAUGGGACCCUACAAUCAGCUGGAGGACAGGACGCUAUAGAUUACGGUGCGGGGGCACUGCAGAAGAAAUCAUAGAUGUAUAGCCAUGGAGCUGUGACUGUAUAUGUAUAUAUAUAAAUAUUCAAAGAGAAAAAAAAAACAAAAAGGAAAAAAAGUAUUAUAAGUUAUGUUUAUACAAGUUUUUUGAAUAGUUUUAUUACAUGUAUGUUUUGCUAUCUGAUCCUUAAUUUAUUUUGCAUGGCACUUGCGUCUGUGAAAAGAAAACGUUUCUAAUCUGGGCCAUACGUGGGUAGUUCAUUACCAUUUUUGUUUGCGUACACUGGGGAGAACCUGAAGUCAUUUAUAAGCGCUCUGCAGUAAACUGCAUCGGAAGCAGAACGGAAACGCAGGCUUUAAGGAGCUGAUGAACAGAGAGCUGAUCUUUAGAACUGGCACUGGCUAAUUUGCAAUAUGCUGAUGCUCUUCUAGGGGGGAAAAUAAUGGAAGGAUUAACCCUUGCGUGCCGGGCUGUCAUAGCCCCUCUUGACACUAAAUGAGGUUAAAAGAAA